AUGGACCAAAGUUUUGCUACGAUUCGUUAUGAACAAAUUUUAAAAUACCGAGUGCGAGCGCCACAAGCCGCAUCAAUAUCAACACCACCACCGCCAUCGUUAUCAUCAUCACCACUGGAUUUGCACCCCUUACUCUACCAGCUCUUCCACGUUGGAUGCCGCAUGUUGGAUCGCAGUUUGGAUGUUGUCUUCAGGAAGAGCAUGAGAAACAUGCUCGUCACUUUGAACGAGAUUUUUACUAGUUAUUAUUUCUUCGCAAAUUAUAUUUUUCAAGAGUUUCUACAAGCCCAGAUGAGUAAGUUUGAAGGAGCAGAAUUCUUGAGACACUGCAGAAGAGAUCUGAUAGACCAUGUUAUGGAUAUUGGGAAGUUUGUAAAAUCGUACGACGAACCCAAGUUUGAUGUGACUGCCACUCAAGUUCUCAUGGAUAUCAAUCAAGAACUUCGUGAGUAG